AUGCAAGCCGCCGUGAUGGCACAAUCCUUACAGGCCUCGUCCUACGGUGGUGCAAUGCCACUGCCCGUCCGCCGCAAGCCCGUAGCAAACCCCGGUAUCGCCGUGCGACCGCCGCAGGAUCAAUACAACGACGCGCAGAUGGGCCACUCCCGCACACGCACCACCUCGUCCGGCGUCUUCCCCGUUGCUCCCUCGCCCACCGCCUCCACCAUGAACUCGCAGUACCCGCAGUACCCCUCGCAGUACCAGAGCAGCCUGCGCCGCACACCCACGUCGUCGACCAGCAGCACCACCGGCACCCCCAACCGCUCCAACAGCGGUGCUCUCCGCCGCUCCUCGUCCACCCGCUCCGGCACCUCGCCCACCUCCUACGUCGCCCUCAUGCGCAAGCAAAAGGCCACGGUCUGGUGCGAUCGGUCUCAGUAUGAGGACCCACGCAUCCAGGCCCAGCAGCGCCAGGCGAGGAUGCGGGCUAACAUGGAAGUCGCGGGCGGCAAGAACGCUCCUGCACGGGGUCCUUCGGGUAGCUCGAGCAUGGCUGCUGGUGUACGCUCCAAGGUCCGCCAUCACGGCGCCCCCAAGGCUACGCUCUACGCCCCCACCACCUACACUGGUACUGGUGUGCCAAUGCGCCUGAGCGCUUCCGAGGUCGACGAGGGCGACGAUGACGACAAUGGCUCUGUUGGAGGGCAGUACCACCACCGCACCGGUUCUGGUCGCAGCUCCCUGGGCUCAGGCCGCCGCGUCUCUUACGCUAACCCUGCUGGUCGUCUCUCCUCGAACUCCACACCCCCGCAGAAUUCGUCACCAGAUGAGCUUGGAGACCUGGCCGAGGAGCCCACACCAAAUCAGGAUUACGCGACAAACGACUACUUUGUUGAGAAGACGAAGUCAAAUCUCUCGACGGGCAGUGGCAGUAGCGAAGAGCGGAACUUCGGCGCGGGGGCCCCAAUGAAGUCGCUGCCGAAGCUAGAGGUAACGAAGAAUUCUGAUUUGAUGAGAAAGGGCAGUGUGGACGAGCGGACAACGACCAUGACCAAUACGCGUCUUUUCAUCGCCAAUCCGGAUGCGGAUAGCGACUAA